UCCGGUUCCCUCCAAAUUGGGGAGCAGGUUUGGGGAGGGUUUCGUUCAAUUCGCAAUCGACGCACUGUUCUAAGCCUGAGAAUGGCGACGUCUUCUUCUUCGUCUUCAUCGGCUCACGCCUACGAGAUCCCGUGGGUGGAGAAGUACAGGCCGACCAAAGUGGCCGACAUCGUCGGCAACGAAGAUGCCGUGUCGAGGCUCCAAGUCAUCGCUCGCGACGGCAACAUGCCUAAUCUCAUCCUUGCCGGCCCUCCUGGAACUGGUAAAACCACUAGUAUACUGGCUCUUGCGCAUGAGCUUCUUGGACCAAAUUGUAGGGAGGCAGUUUUGGAGCUAAAUGCAUCAGAUGAUAGGGGAAUUGAUGUUGUUAGGAAUAAAAUUAAGAUGUUUGCACAAAAGAAAGUUACACUACCUCCAGGGAAGCACAAGAUAAUAAUUUUGGAUGAAGCUGACAGCAUGACAUCUGGAGCACAACAAGCCUUGAGGAGGACAAUGGAAGUAUUUUCGAACACAACCCGUUUUGCUCUUGCCUGCAAUAUAUCUUCUAAAAUUAUUGAGCCUAUCCAGAGUAGAUGUGCCCUUGUUCGAUUUUCAAGAUUAUCCGAUCAAGAAAUUCUUGGCCGUCUCAUGGUGGUGGUUGAAGCAGAAAAGGUUCCUUAUGUCCCAGAAGGCCUUGAAGCAAUCAUUUUCACUGCGGAUGGUGAUAUGAGGCAGGCAUUGAACAACUUGCAAGCUACAUACAGUGGAUUCCGGUUUGUUAACCAAGAAAAUGUCUUCAAGGUAUGUGACCAGCCUCAUCCAUUGCAUGUGAAGAAUAUGGUGCGCAAGGUAUUAGAAGGGAAAUUCGAUGAUGCCUGUGCUGGUUUGAAGCAGCUCUAUGAUUUGGGCUACUCUCCCACUGACAUAAUUACAACCCUUUUUCGAAUCAUCAAGAACUAUGAUAUGGCAGAGUAUUUGAAACUGGAGUUCAUGAAGGAAACUGGAUUUGCACAUAUGAGAAUCUGUGAUGGGGUUGGAUCAUAUCUUCAGCUAUGUGGGUUGCUGGCUAAACUGGCAGUGGUUCGGGACACUGCUAAAGCGGCAUAAGUUGAGAGAGCAACUGGUUUUGAAUUUGAAACCCCUCGUCAGCCGCCCCUUCAUUUGAGUUAGGUCUGUUUAUAGGAGACAUCAGACAUAUAUGGCUUCUAUGUUAAAGCCUUGCCUUUGUUAGGAGGAACUGUGGUUGAAGUUUGAUUGUUGGUUUUACCAGAAUUAAGUGUGCCUCAUCGUGAAUUUAUGUGAAGUUAUUGAAGCAGGCUCUUACUUUGAAACUGAAGACAUU